GACAGACUCAAAUUAUGACAUAACCUAAAAAAAACAAAGUUUGUGGAGCGACAACAAAAAAAUGAGCCUUAUCCGGGAAAUUGUGGACAUUGUGAAGGAGAACAAGACCGUGGAUGUACGGAAGAAUGUGCAGCGACUCACGAGUGAGAUUAGGAAGUUCCAGGACAAAGUCCGGGGCUUUGUGACCAAUAAAUACGAAGACUUCCUCACGGAUCUGGAUUGCUAUGAAAAUUACCAGGGAGACUGUGAGACUCUCUUUGCGGAGACAAAUGAAUUGCUGAAGAGUGUCGAGGAGGAGGUGCAGAUGAAGAUGGCCAGUGAGGAAUUGCAAAAGUGCCAUGAGGAAUUCCAGGAAAUUGCCCAAGGAUUGCGGGUUACGCAUAAAAUUCUCAAAAUUGACGAACUCUUUGGUGCCAUUGAGAUGGCCAAGUGUGCGGAUGAGCAUCUAACGGUGAUGAAUCUAAUCUGUGAGCUACGGAGCCUCAUUCAGGAUCCCACGGAUGGUAUUUUCAAGCAAUUUGGGUGCUAUGAGAACAUCAAGAUUCGCUAUCAUCUCGAGAAUGAGUCAAUGCUGCACAAUCUUAAGCUGAAAUUUGAGUCUCUGGUGCAGAUGAAGGAGAAAACCUUCCAGAAUAUGAAGUGUGUCACGGUGAAGAUUACGAAGGAGGAGGAAGAGCUCCGGGAGAUUAUUACGGCUCUCAUUAGUGCUAAAUACAAUUCCCGGAAGAUGUGUGAAUUCCUCAUGGAGAAUGUCUUUAGGCCGGUGAUUAUGAAGCCUGUCUCGGUAGAAGUUGACAUGGAGAAGGAUCCGCAAUUUGUGUGCCUUCAGUUGUCAUUUAGCACAAAGGAGUGUGACGAUGAGGAUCUCAGGCCAAACUACAAGACAAUCUUUCAGCACAUCCGCAGUGCCUUCACCUGCCUUUCCCACAUGAACAUCGCAAUCUCCGACACUGAGUGCAUCUUCAAGAUUCUCCGGGAAUACAUGAAGGAAACCUUCACGAAGCUCAUCAUCAGUGAGUGCCUAGAUAAUUCCAUUCCGGAGAAUAUGAUUGAGAUGAAUGAGAGUACUUUGGUGGCUGAUAUCACGGAAUUCAACACUUUCCUCGUUGAGGUGCUCUUCUUCACCGAGGAGGAUCGUGAAUUCCUCGACUAUGCAGAGAAGAUUGAGCUCCUCUUCCGGAAUCGCUUCUUCCGGAACAUUCUGGACAAUGCUGUGGAUAUUAUGCGCAAAGAUCUCCACGAUAUGGUGCCCGUAGCGGAGAAAUUGAGCGGAGCUACGGGUGGUGAAGCUGCCACAUCAGCAAUCUUCCCCAAUUGCAUGGUAUCCAAGAGCACGGUGGAGUUGAUUUAUCUCAUGGAACGCGUACUCAAGGAGAUUGAGGGGAGUGAGGCGAAAGUAGCUCAGGGGCUUCUCUCCACAAUCUCCAUAAUCCUCGAUAGAUACCUCACGGAGAUGCCAACGUACCACGCUAAGCUCCUGCUCAAUAUUCCCCAGCAAACGGCUCUCUUUCACAACAACUGCAUGUACCUCGCCUAUUGGAUAACGAAAAAUCACAGCAAGGGCAUCGAAACGGUCCUCGUGAUGGUGAAAUCCCUCCAGCAUCUUGGCUCUGAGCAAUUUCUCAGUCAAAUUAAAAAUCAACGAUCUCAACUAAUGGAAAUUCUACGAGGAUUUGAUUUGAGUGAUUGUGUGUCAGAUUUGGGCUUGGAGCCCCCAAAAGUUGUCCGGCAGUGCCUUAGACAGUUGGAUUUGCUGAAGAAUGUGUGGCAAACAAUCCUCCCGGAUGUUGUGUACAACAAAACAAUGGGAAAUCUCUUGAAUGAAUUUUGCAACGAACUCAUCCGGAGGAUUCUCCUCGUGGAAGAUCUCCCAUCAGCCGUGUCCAAUGGCUUAGUUGAUGUCUGCACGACAAUCCUCGAGAGAGCUCCGGGAAUUUUUCAGGAUCCAUUGGAAAUUAAUGUUGCCGUGAAAAGUUGGACAAAGUUGCAGCAACUUAAAAUGAUUUUGGGUGCUUCCCUGGCGGAAAUAACGGAUCAAUGGGCAUCCGGAAAGGGUCCCCUCACACUAAGCUUUAAAGCCGAAGAAGUAAAACAUUUAAUCCGGGCACUCUUUCAGAAUACAAAUCGUCGUGCGAUUGCUCUCAAUUCCAUCGUUUGAAAGGAUUUUCAUUUAAUUUCAUCACAGUUCUUUUUUGUAAAGAAAAAAAGAAGAAGAAAAUAAACGAAAUGGUUUUUUUUGCAUAAAA